AUGUUCAAACGUUGGAAUAUUAAUAGUAGAAGAACCAAAGAACGCCGCCGUAGUCGUUAUGAUAUUAUCAUUCUAGCCAUCGUAUUAGUACUACUGGUGAUAUGGUUACUUCUAUCAGCUCAAGUCUAUCAUAACGUAGAGGAUGGGGCGGGUAAUGAUAAACCACUAGGGGAAUCCACAAACAUUAGAGAUGCAAAUAACAAUAGUGGUCAUCUUCCACACCGUCAACGUUCCUAUACUCCUCCUCUCUUUGUAGAUGGAAACAUACCGCCUAAUGUGAACUCUAUUUUUCUUCCUCAUCGCUAUCCUGUACAUGAGAAUUUACCAGGGAAUUCUUCAGAUAUUACUGCAGCCCUUUAUGAAAAGAAAGUCACACAUCAAGAAGAGUGCUGGAGAAGUUCUUCUCAAUCACCCAUAUUCCCAUCACCACCAAGUUUAAUAAAGGAGCAAUUACAACCUGUUUAUGUUGAAAAAUCUGAUUUGUUAUUGCGACAAGAAUUUCAGUUUUUAAAUAAUAAUAAUAAUAAUAAUAAUAAUAUGAGAAAUAAUUCUCUUAGUAAGAAUGAAACAUUCUAUUUGGGUUAUGAUACUCCUUCUUCUUUAAAUAAUAAAGAAUCUCCAUGGUGGGUUUCUAGUGGGUCUCAUCUACCUUGUACUGCAUCUAUUCAACGACGACUGUAUGAAUAUGAAAAUUUAGCUUCUUGUGAAGAACGAACAUUUUUACUUUCUGAUAUUAAAGCUGGUGGAUAUGGUCUUGGUGGAUCUCUUGUUUUACUCGCCUUUGAUUUUCUUAAUGCUAUGAUACUUGGUAGAACUUUGGUAAUUGGUGCUCCUUCUACCGUUAAUAGAUGGAAAUUUCUUGCUGAAGGUUGUUUUCAAAAUGGGAUACGUGCAUUAGAUUGUUUCUAUCUUCCCCCAACGCGAUGUAAUGUAUCUAAUGAACCUAUUCAUAAUGUACGCACACGAACACAAGCGGUGCAUAGUAGUGCUCGUGUAAUACGCAAAAAAACUUUUGAAAUGCCUGAUUUGAACCGAGAUAGUAUACCAACUGAUGAAGCCUUCUUUGGACCUGGUUAUCAAGAAUGGAGUUGUUAUCCAGAGUAUCUUAAUUGGAUAAAUAAUCCAGCAAAUAUGGUGGUACAGGGAACUUUUAAAAGUGGUAUAGAUACUAGACUUUAUUUUAUGUUGGCUCAAGUUUUUAUGUACCUAACACGUGCUCCACAACCAUGGUUUCAACAGAUGAUUUAUCAUCAUCUUUCUCCACUCGGUAUUUUAUCUACUCAUGAGAAUGAAAUAAUGAGAAAGAUUAAUAAUCAAUGCACUAUUUAUAUUCAAGAUCGUGGAGAGGAAGGAAAAAUGAGAGAAUAUUAUAACGUUUUUGGUUGUCAUACGGUUGGACUUUCACUUUAUAGAGAUUAUGUUCGUACUAUAAGUACAUCUACAGAAUUAAAUUCUUCAAAAAUUCCUUGUUCAGUGUUUGUGAGUGGUGGAACUCCAUUACAGAGUUUUUUAUGGCUUAAAAAACAAUUAGAAGAAUAUUCUUAUCCUGUUAUGAGUACAUGGAAUUUGUCUACUCUAUCUGCUGGAGCUGAAUCCGUUAGGUGGGGAGCCAGUUCACCUGCUGCAUCUUGGGUGGAUAUGUACGCAGGCGUUGCCAGUACAAAUUGGGUUUGUAUGGUACAAUCAAAUUGGUGCCGCGUAAUUGACUUUCUUAGAAUGACACAUGGAAGAAAAAAUUGUGGUUUUAUAGAUAUUGGGAUAUUAUUACUAACUUCAGUUGAAUUUCGUAAGAAGUAUUGUGUUAUUGGAGACUUUCCAACGAAACCGUUUUCUAACGUAAUUAGAAAGUAA